CAAACGCAACCAAACCAAAACCGAAAGCAAAAAAAAUCAAAUCCCAAUGCAAACAAAUUUUCUCUCUCUGCUUCAGCAUCAACCAUUUCAUUUAGGAUUUUGAAAUCCGAUUGAAUUGUUAAGAUUAAGAGAUAUAGGGAGCUGUAUGAGCUGGUUUGGGAAGCUGGGUUUCUUCUUGAAUUAUUAUUCGAAUUCUUCUUCGAAUUCAAACCACUUUAUUACGUGUCUUUUAAUCUUUGUUCUUCAUUAUUCACCUCAAUUGCCUCCUUCCCUCUUUAAAUUCCACAAAAUAACCCUCGAUCCUUUAUUAUUAUUAUUAACUAGUAAUAAUAAUAAUAGUAGUAGUUGUCAUUUUUAUUCUUAUUUAAGUAAUUCUCGUUUUACUGUUGAUCGCCGAAUUUCGUUGCAAAAUGGAGUCUGGACGCACCACGAGUAAUCCCCAAUUGCGCAGAGGUCUGUGCUAUUCAAAUGUGGAGAGAAAACCAUCUGUCAUCGUCAUUGGCGGUGGUAUGGCUGGAAUUGCAGCUGCGCGUGCUCUUCACGAUGCUUCAUUUCAGGUUGUCCUGUUGGAAUCACGGGAUAGAAUUGGCGGUCGAGUUCACACUGAUUAUUCAUUUGGUUUUCCAGUUGACUUGGGUGCAUCAUGGUUGCAUGGAGUAUCUAAAGAAAAUCCCUUGGCACCAUUGAUUGGGAGACUGGGACUGCCCUUAUACCGUACUAGCGGAGACAACUCUGUGUUGUAUGAUCAUGAUUUGGAAAGCUAUGCACUCUUUGAUAUGGAUGGAAAUCAAGUUCCUCAAGAGUUGGUGACAAAAGUUGGUGAAGCAUUUGAGAGCAUUCUAAAGGAGACGGAUAAAAUAAGAGAGGAAUUGAGCAGUGACAUGUCCAUAUUAAAUGCUUUCUCUAUUGUCUUUGAAAGGAGGCCAGAGUUGAGGUUGGAGGGACUUGCUCAUAAGGUUCUUCAGUGGUAUUUAUGUAGAAUGGAGGGCUGGUUUGCAGCAGAUGCUGAGACGAUCUCACUAAAAUGUUGGGAUCAGGAAGAACUGCUCCCUGGUGGUCAUGGGCUUAUGGUCAGGGGCUACAUACCUGUUAUAAACACUCUUGCUAAAGGUCUCGACAUCCGCUUGGGCCACAGGGUUACAAAGAUUGUAAGGCGAUAUAAUGGAGUGAAGGUGACAGUUGAAGAUGGGAGAACAUUUGUGGCAGAUGCUGCAAUUGUUGCUGUACCUCUGGGAGUGCUGAAAGCAAAGAGCAUAAAGUUUGAACCAAAGCUGCCGGAGUGGAAGGAAACAGCCAUUUCUGAACUUGGUGUGGGGAUUGAGAAUAAAAUUGUGUUGCACUUUGAAAAAGUGUUUUGGCCAAAUGUUGAGUUCCUAGGAGUGGUUGCAGAGACAUCUUAUGGGUGCAGUUACUUUCUAAAUCUUCACAAGGCUACUGGUCACUCUGUCCUUGUUUAUAUGCCAGCUGGGCAGCUAGCCAAAGACAUUGAGAAAAUGUCUGAUGAAGCUGCUGCUAAUUUUGCUUAUUUGCAACUCAAAAGGAUACUUCCAAAUGCUUCUGCCCCGAUUCAGUAUCUUGUUUCUCGAUGGGGCACUGAUAUUAACUCGCUUGGCUCCUAUAGCUAUGAUACAGUAGGGAAACCCCAUGAUCUGUAUGAGAGGCUUAGGAUCCCAGUGGAUAACCUAUUCUUUGCAGGGGAGGCAACAAGCUCAAACUACCCAGGGUCAGUGCAUGGUGCAUUCUCUACAGGAAUGAUGGCUGCUGAAGACUGUAGGAUGAGAGUCUUGGAACGUUAUGGGGAGUUGGAUUUGUUCCAGCCAGUCAUGGGUGAGGAGGCCUCAGUGUCUGUCCCGCUUUUGAUCUCCCGGAUGUAAUUUUUAGUUUUAGGCUCUGGCCACACCCUUAAAUAUUUGGAGUAAUAAAUAAUUUUAUUGUAGGAGACAGUAUUAAUGGUAAUAUGGGAUCAGGCUAACACAUUAUUGCCAUUUUUAUUGGCCCCACUGGGAAACGUUGUGGAAAAUCCUUGUUUCCCCUUGGAUUAGUCUAAUGUGUGGCAUACCUGUAAUCUCUAUAUGGACUUUUAGAAAAUAUGAAUUUAUCAAUCAGAAAAUUAUGUUCUUAGGAGGCACUGUGUGGUUUGUAGGUGCCUCUUUUAGUUGAUGGAAAGGACACUUAAAUUUGCUAUAUCAAGUUUUAAUAAAUAAGGUUGAGAUUCUCUCUCU